AUGGCAUCUUCUUCAGCCGGCCAGUCGAGCAAGGAGCUCAAAGCUUCAGCCUCCACCCCUUGCAUACCAAUUGAUGUACCGUCGGAGCUUCUGUCAAUCGUUGUGUCGAACUUGGAACCAGUUGACAUCGUAUGCCUCGCCCUCACAUGUCACCGGAGCAAAGAAGCAAUCCAGAAAAUCACUCAAAAGCCCUUGAAAGAGAUCUGCCCAAGAAAAGAGGUCACCAAGGUCUACUUUCGUCAAGCUCAAAAGCAUUGUUUGAAUGGCUCACUCACAGACUCCUUCCACGUCAGUGCCGAAUACGAGGAUGUCAUGGCCCGAUUGCGUCUUUGGUUUGGCUUCAGAAAGCUCUACUGCUAUGCAUGCCAACGAUAUCGAAACAUUGGUACGUGUCGAUGCGAGAUGCGUGACUUGGCUCGCCAGGAUUGUCUUUAUUGGUACCGUUUCUACGAGAGGAACAAGACCAACAGUUGA